CUUCUGUAUGUUUGCUGGAGUCGGGGCAGAUAGGGAAGAGCUCGGUGAAGGGGAAGUGGCGGUCGGUACGGUGGAUCGGCGAGAUGAUCACCCGAUCGAAGCUCGUCGAGCAGCUCAGAGAAUACCAGAUCCGAUCCCAGCACAAGUGGGGCGCCCUCGCGGCCUUCUCUCCCAAGCCCCAGAUGACCACCAGGCGGGAUGUCUUUGUGGCUCUGACAUUUGCUUUGGUAUUUGUCUUGCUCAUAGUAUCUUGCUAUGCAGCACUUUACUUCAGACACUUCCUGAUUUCAGCUGUCCUUGUAUUCCUUGGAAUUCUUCUUCCAACAUGCCUUAAGAUUUCUAGGCAUAGAUGGCUUGCAAGGAAAAAGGAGAGAAGAAUGUCAUUACCUUUGUCGAUGUGAAUAUCAUUGGGAUUUUAUAAUUUUUCAGGCUGAUAACCUGUCUAAUUUGCGGGCAGACAUGAGAUAUUGGUCUAGCAUGGGUUAUCUACGAGAUCACCCAACAAUGAUUUCGCAUUGGUUGCUGUUGGCUUGAUGAUGUUCCCACUUUUCUGGAGUAAUCAUGGUAAUGCAACCUUUUUUUGGGGGGGUAGGGUAUAUGUUAAUGGUAUCUUUUAACAUUGGAGAUUAUCUUCGGCAGCAUCUGCCGCGGCUGAUAUAAUUGAUACACUUUGCAUCUGACUCAAAUUCGUUAUGGGGCUGAUCUUUUCUCUACGUUUGCUAUGAUGGAUCAGAGAAAUUGAAGGUUGUAAAAUGUUGUUGCUUUGUUUAUGAUGUUAUAUUUGUCAUAUUCGGAAAAGUAUCACUUAAUAACAUCUAUACUGAAAUAUUUUGCUUGC